AUGGAAAGAAAUGGGCAAACUGUAUUUGUAUGUGUGUUUAUAUCUAAUCAAGCAGGUGCCCAGUUUUUGUUGGUGAGAGGUGACGAGGGGGGGGCGUCGUUACGAGUGUCUUCCGCGUUUUGCGCCUGUAUUUUAUUUGCUUCCUCUUCACUUCCUGAUUCCAUCGCAGACAUCCACAUCUUUUCUUGUUUUCCUAAAGACUCUCAUCCUUCAACCGCCUCUCAUUAUCACCAAAAAUGUGGCGCUCCAACCCUGCCGACGCUCCCAUUUCCCGUUAAGUUUAUCUUUUGCCUUUCCUCUUUUAAAUUUGACUCCCUUAGUGUCCCCCCUUCCCUCCUCCCUCUCUCUAAUUUUAUUAACCCCCUCUAUACUUUUAUACGUGUCUUACUUUUAACACGCCCUCUCUAUAUAUUUCUUUCCACUCUCUCUCUUUUCUUUUCUUUUCUUUUCUUUUCUUUUCUUUCUUUCUUUCUUUCUUUCUUUCUUUCUUUCUUUCUUUCUUUCUUUCUUUCUUUCUUCACAACUUCUUUGCUUUCACUCUUCUUUAAUUCUUCUUAA